CCCCUGAUUGGUCAACACCAAGUGGCGACAUUGGGGAAGGAAAGAAAGAAGUAUCGACAGCUUCUCAUUAGUAUGCCGUGAUUUCAGGGUUCAAGCCGACAGAAAGUGAUUCCGUUAAAUUGAUAACAUUAGCGACUGGUUCCUGUUACACUCUGCAUUAUGGGGCGAAGUGUGAAUACUACUAAGGGCAAAAAGAAGGCAGUUCAGGAUAAGCCUUCAUCUCCAGAAAGUGAUCAUGCAGAGCCAGAAUAUGAAGUUGAGAAAGUUGUUGAUCGGAGAGAAGUAAAUGGCAAGGUGGAGUAUCUCCUAAAAUGGAUUGGCUAUGGUGAUGAUGACAACACAUGGGAACCAGUGGAAGCUCUAGAGUGUCAUGAGCUUAUUGAGGAAUUUGAAAAGAAAAGAAAGGAAAAUGAGCAAGAAAAAAAGAAAUCAUCUGAAAGUAAAACAAAUAAAUCAGAUGAAAUAAAAACAAAAAAGCAAGCUGAAACCAAAGAAAAGAAACGUCCUUCAUCCAAUAAAGAUAGGGAUAAACAACCAAUGGAGAAGGCCCAUGGAAGAAAAGAAGCUGAGGGUGUAAAUCAUACUUCAAAUCCAAGAGGAACUGAACUAGAUCAGGAGCCAGAAGUAAUUAUAGGAGCCACCGAUAACUUUCAUAAGGGCGAGCUUGCGUUUCUCGUCAAGUGGAAAUCUAGUGACACCCCCGAGUUUGUUCUCUCGUCUCGAGCCAACGUCAUGUGGCCACAGAUGGUAAUUAAGUUCUACGAAAGCCGAUUACAGUGGUCUUCAAAUGCUAUGGAAGGUGAAGAGAUAGAUACUUUGGAAUAGGAUUGUCACUUCAAGUUCCAAGUAUCAAACGGAAAAGUAGCUCUCUGAUCAUAAAGUAAUAGAGCUACAGAUUUUUUUUUUUUUUAAUAUUCUUUCUCGUUUGAUUUAUCGGGGCACUUGUUCUUAUUCUUCGUGCGCGUUUUUCUUAAACUAGAAAAUGCUCUUACGUUAUCCCUGCUUUGCCAGUUUUUGUUUUCAAGUAUUCAUUACCAAAACGUUCAUUAAAAAAAUCCAGAAAUAAAUACCGUGUUAUCUUA